GCGUGAGGCAGGCCGGCGCCCGCCCGAGCGCCCCCCGCGCACUCACCAUGCAGAAGAGCGUGCGGUACAACGAGGGGCACGCCCUGUACCUGGCCUUCCUGGCGCGCAAGGAGGGCACCAAGCGCGGCUUCCUGAGCAAGAAGGCGGCCGAGGCGAGCCGCUGGCACGAGAAGUGGUUUGCCCUCUACCAGAAUGUGCUCUUCUACUUCGAGGGCGAGCAGAGCGGCCGCCCGGCGGGCAUGUACCUCCUGGAAGGCUGCAGCUGCGAGCGGGCGCCCGCGCCGCCCAGGAUCGGCGCUGGGCCGGCCGGCGCCCGGGACGCGCUGGACAAGCAGUAUUACUUUACUGUCCUUUUUGGCCAUGAUGGUCAGAAACCACUGGAGCUGCGCUGUGAGGAGGAGCAGGAUGGUAAAGAGUGGAUGGAGGCCAUUCAUCAGGCCAGUUAUGCAGACAUUUUGAUUGAGAGGGAAGUGUUAAUGCAGAAGUACAUUCAUCUAGUUCAGAUCGUAGAGACAGAAAAAAUUGCCGCUAACCAGCUCCGACAUCAACUUGAAGAUCAAGAUACAGAAAUCGAAAGGCUUAAAUCAGAGAUUAUCGCCCUGAAUAGAACCAAGGAACGAAUGCGACCUUACCAAAGCAACCAAGAAGAUGAGGAUCCAGACAUCAAAAAAAUUAAAAAGGUUCAGAGCUUCAUGCGAGGAUGGUUGUGUAGAAGGAAAUGGAAGACGAUCGUGCAGGAUUACAUUUGUUCUCCUCACGCCGAAAGCAUGAGGAAGAGAAACCAGAUUGUGUUUACCAUGGUAGAGGCCGAAUCGGAGUAUGUUCACCAGCUGUACAUCCUGGUGAACGGCUUCCUCCGGCCCCUGCGAAUGGCAGCCAGCUCCAAAAAGCCCCCCAUCAGCCAUGAUGACGUCAGCAGUAUUUUUCUCAACAGUGAAACGAUUAUGUUUCUUCAUGAAAUAUUUCAUCAAGGACUGAAGGCAAGGAUAGCUAACUGGCCUACUUUAAUUUUAGCUGAUCUGUUUGACAUUUUGCUCCCCAUGUUGAACAUUUAUCAAGAAUUUGUGCGUAAUCACCAGUACAGCCUCCAAGUACUCGCCAAUUGUAAGCAGAACAGAGAUUUUGACAAACUCUUAAAACAGUAUGAAGCCAACCCCGCCUGUGAGGGGAGGAUGCUGGAAACGUUUCUGACCUAUCCAAUGUUCCAGAUCCCCAGGUAUAUCAUCACACUUCAUGAACUUCUAGCUCAUACACCCCAUGAGCAUGUGGAGAGAAAAAGUCUGGAGUUUGCUAAAUCAAAACUAGAGGAACUGUCCAGGGUGAUGCAUGAUGAAGUGAGCGACACUGAGAACAUAAGGAAAAACCUCGCCAUAGAAAGAAUGAUCGUCGAGGGUUGUGAUAUUUUGCUGGACACCAGCCAGACUUUCAUCCGUCAAGGUUCUCUAAUUCAAGUACCUUCUGUUGAGAGGGGGAAACUUAGUAAAGUGCGCCUGGGUUCAUUGUCUUUGAAAAAGGAAGGAGAAAGACAAUGCUUCUUAUUUACAAAACACUUUUUAAUUUGCACAAGAAGUUCAGGAGGAAAGCUGCAUCUGCUCAAGGCAGGUGGGGUUCUGUCUCUAAUAGAAUGUACAUUGAUUGAGGAGCCAGACGCAAGCGACGAUGACCCCAAAGGUUCUGGGCAAGUGUUUGGCCAUCUGGAUUUUAAAAUAGUGGUGGAGCCUCCUGAUUCUGCGCCUUUCACUGUGGUCUUGCUAGCACCUUCGCGCCAGGAGAAAGCUGCCUGGACAAGUGACAUAAGUCAGUGUGUGGACAAUAUACGGUGUAAUGGUUUAAUGACUAUAGUGUUUGAAGAGAAUUCCAAAGUAACUGUGCCACAUAUGAUUAAGUCUGAUGCACGACUACAUACAGACGACACUGACAUUUGCUUCAGUAAAACACUCAACUCCUGCAAGGUUCCCCAGAUCCGUUAUGCCAGCGUGGAGCGCCUCUUGGAGAGGCUGACAGACUUGAGGUUUCUUAGUAUAGAUUUCCUCAACACUUUUCUGCACACAUACCGGAUUUUCACUACUGCAGCUGUGGUGCUGGCGAAGCUUUCUGACAUAUACAAGAGGCCUUUCACCUCCAUCCCUGUGAGGUCAUUGGAAUUGUUUUUUGCUACCAGCCAGAACAACAGAGGUGAACAUUUGGUGGAUGGAAAAUCCCCACGUCUGUGUCGAAAAUUCUCUUCCCCACCACCACUAGCUAUGUCUAGAACCUCCUCCCCUGUGAGAGCCAGAAAGCUGUCCUUGACUUCUCCCUUGAACUCAAGGAUAGGAGCUUUGGACCUGACCACUUCCUCGGCAUCCAGCAGUCCUACCACCACACAUAGCCCUGCUGCAUCCCCACCGCCACACACUGGUAAAGUACCGUUGGAUCUUAGCAGAGGCCUUUCUUCUCCAGAGCAAAGCCUGGGAUCUGUAAAAGAGAAUGUAGAUAACCCCCGCGUGGACCUGUGUAACAAGCUAAAACGAAGUAUUCAAAGAGCAGUCCUCGAGUCUGCACCAGUGGACCGAGCAGGAAUGGAAAGCUCGCCAGCAGCAGAUGCCACAGAACUUUCACCCUGCAGAUCCCCCUCGACUCCUAGGCACCUCCGCUAUCGGCAGCCUGGAGGACAGACUGCUGACAAUGCCCACUGCUCUGUCUCGCCUGCUUCUGCUUUUGCAAUCGCCACAGCUGCAGCAGGACACGGGAGUCCACCAGGAUUUAACAACACCGAGAGAACGUGCGACAAGGAGUUCAUUAUACGUAGGACAGCCACCAAUCGAGUCCUGAAUGUUCUCCGUCACUGGGUCUCAAAGCAUGCACAGGAUUUUGAACUUAACAACGAAUUAAAGAUGAACGUCCUAAAUUUACUAGAAGAAGUUUUGCGGGACCCAGACCUUCUUCCCCAGGAGAGGAAAGCCACUGCAAAUAUCCUGAGGGCUCUUUCACAAGAUGAUCAAGAUGACAUCCACCUAAAAUUAGAGGAUAUCAUUCAGAUGACUGACUAUCUGAAGUCUGAGUGCUUUGAGACCUUGUCAGCCAUGGAGCUGGCUGAGCAGAUCACCCUCCUGGACCACAUCGUGUUCAGAAGCAUCCCCUACGAAGAGUUUCUUGGGCAGGGGUGGAUGAAGCCAGAUAAAAAUGAAAGAACACCUUACAUCAUGAAAACCAGCCAACACUUCAAUGAUAUGAGUAACCUGGUGGCUUCCCAGAUAAUGAAUUACGCCGACGUCAGCUCCCGUGCCAACGCGAUCGAGAAGUGGGUGGCAGUGGCCGACAUUUGCCGGUGCCUGCACAACUACAAUGGCGUGCUGGAGAUCACUUCAGCCUUAAACAGAAGUGCCAUCUACAGGCUGAAGAAAACCUGGGCCAAGGUGUCCAAGCAGACAAAAGCUCUAAUGGACAAACUUCAGAAGACUAUUUCAUCUGAAGGAAGAUUUAAAAAUCUUAGAGAAACCCUUAAAAAUUGUAACCCCCCAGCAGUUCCUUACCUUGGAAUGUACUUGACAGACCUGGCAUUUAUUGAAGAAGGAACACCAAACUUUACUGAGGAAGGCCUUGUCAACUUUUCCAAAAUGAGAAUGAUAUCGCACAUCAUCAGAGAGAUUCGUCAGUUCCAGCAGACUUCCUACCGAAUAGACCAUCAGCCAAAGGCUACUCAGUACUUGCUUGACAAAACUCUCAUCAUAGAUGAAGAUACGUUAUAUGAGCUGUCACUAAAAAUUGAACCACGACUCCCUGCUUGAAGACUGGCCUUGCCCUGUGUCCACAGGAUUUUCACGGGAAGCAGGACAAACAGAAUUUGCAUGCCAUGCCUCCCACAGUGCAGGGAGAGGACAGAGGAGACAAUCCAGUCUCCUUUCUCCACCAAAGAAGGCAAAACCAAAUGGGAAUUCUGUCUCCCACAAGGGAGGCAUAGCUGUUUAGGAUGAAAGACAAUGCUGCAGACUUGGGUGGGAAGGUGAAC